AUGGCGGAGCAAGGGCUGUAUGACUUCUUAAAGCUGCAUCCUCUGGCGGCUCAGCCACAUCCUCAUCCUCAUCCCCAUGAUCCUCACCCUGAUGCUAAGCUACCGAAUCAAUCUUCCAGACUCUUCCGUUGCCUCUACUGCCCUCGCCAGUUCUACACUUCUCAGGCAUUGGGAGGACACCAGAACGCCCACAAGCGUGAGAGAGCCGCCGCUCGCCGUUCUUGCAUGGCCACCGCCGAUAACCACCUUCCAAACACAGAAUCCACCUCCGCCGCCGCCUAUACCAGCUGGUUCGACCACCCACUUCAAGCCGACGCCACCAGCUCUCUGGUCAUCCAUCAUAUCACUCCUCCGCCCACAGACAACACCACCGACGUCCUGGACCUUACUCUCCGGUUGUAA